AACUCAUCUUUCACAUUUAAAACGCACCACCACCUACCACCCACCACCACCACCGCAUUCGAUUCGAUUGUCAGUUUGUCAAAUUGUCAAUUUGUCACAGUGACAGUAUUGUCCUGUCGCUCCACUCUGAAUUUGCUGCAGCUGUUAUUAUUAAGCACGCACGUGCGACUUCAAAUCUUCUGCGAUUAUCUUCAUUUGAUAAGAUAGAUAGUAGAGCAGAAACUUGAAGCUUGAGGGGACAGGCGGCGAUUUUCCAAUGGAGUCCACAUUGUCCGCAGCGACGCCGACAACGGCAGCUCUCCUCGCCGUCUCCAAAUCCCUCAACCGCCGACUGGAAAGGAGGACCUUUCUCAGUCAACGCCUCCCGAGUCGUCUUCUUGCUCGCAGGCACCUCACUUCGGUUCACACCAGCUACUACGGCUUUCAGGCCCCCAAACCUGAUCCUUUCUCUUCCUCUUCUCUGAGAAGUGUCUGCGUCGCUGGCCCGCUUUUACGGCGCCGUUUAGAGUGCGUCGGUAGCUCCGCUUCUUCUUUUGCCUCCGGCGGUGGAAAUGGUGGCUUUGGCGGAGAGAGUGGCGGCAGCGGCGGUGACGGCGAGGGAGGUUCUGGCGGCGGCGAUGCCAAGUCCAAGGUUGCUGCUACUGGAGGCUAUGAGGUUUCGGCGCUCUCCACUGAUGUCAUUGUUCUCGAUGUUGGAGGAAUGACAUGUGGAGGAUGUGCAGCCAGUGUGAAGCGAAUUCUAGAAAAUCAACCACAGGUAUCGUCUGCGACUGUAAACCUCACAACUGAGACGGCAAUUGUGUGGCCUGUGUCCGAAGCGAAGGCUACACCAAACUGGCAAAAGCAGUUAGGAGAGACACUUGCAAACCAAUUGACCAGUUGCGGUUUCAAGUCUAACCUUCGCGGUCAGGGAGCUACGGAAGGAGAUAUAUCACCAUAGAAGUGCAAAAGAUUUCUUGUCAUGCUGAAUCAUAGUAGUUUUUGAUGUAACAAAAGAGGAUUGAAAAUCGUUAUUGGUUCACGACUACUUGCUUACUUAGGCAGUCUCAACAAGCAGCUCAUUGUGGUGGAUAAGUUUGCGGAGCACUUCUGCUAUGGAGCACCCAUUUGUUCCGGAGGAUUUUCGAUUCCUCUUCUCCUCUCCGAGCUUAGCAAUUCCUUAGUUGUCAUUAGGACAUUGAGGACUCCUGGCUUUCUGUAAGUUGGCUGUAUUCCAUGCAUAAGAUAUUUGAGAAUUGGACUGAUUGUUUGCCCAUAGGCAUAGGGUUGAAAGAGUCUUUCCAUGGGGGAAUGUUACCUCGAUAAAUAAGUUUUGAGCAGCAAUCCUACUUCACGUGGAAAUCAAUUAUUUAUGUUUUAUAGCAUUGAUAUAUAAUAUGGAACUUUAACGAAAA